ACGCGAAUACAAAGGAACUAGCCGGAGUGAGGUAAUGGUGCAACCAUGAAGCAACGAGAUGCGUUCUUUCCAUAGACUCGUUCUAGCAGCUUUCCCAUUGAUCACCCUGGUUGGUGCUCGCUCGUACUCACGUCACUUCCCUAUCACUAUUGGUAGACCGUCGACUGACGGAACCUACACGAUCCAAGACUAUUACCAGGGUGAAGAUUUCUUCAAGUACCUAAUGAUCUUCCAUCUACCUAGUGACUGGGACUUCUAUACUGGCUCAGACCCCGUCGGUGGAAAUGUCAUCUAUCAAAACAAGUCGGCUGCACAGUCUGAGAGACUUGCAUAUGUCAACUCCGACGGCACGACAGUCCUUGCAGUUGAUUCAACCAGCACUGUUGCCGCUGGCGGCGAUCGUGAUGCUGUUCGUAUCACAUCACAAAACAGUUAUAACAGCGGUCUCUUUAUCAUGGAUGCCUCCAAAAUGCCUGUCGGCUGUUCUACAUGGCCUAGCUUUUGGACCGUUGGACCAAACUGGCCAUAUGGGGGUGAAAUUGACAUUGUCGAGGGUAUCAAUGACCAGGCGAAAAAUCAGAUGACACUUCAUAGUGGCACAAGCCACUCCUGCACCAUUGACACAGAUGAUUCUUCUGAGUUCACAGGCUCUGUCCUCUCGAGCAACUGUUACAGCACUGAGACCUCAGACUCAGGCUGCAGUAUCAUGGAUAGUAGCUCAACGUCUUUUGCGUAUGGCUUUAACAAUGCGGGGGGCGGGGUCUUUGCGCUUCUGUGGGACAAUUCCGCUGGCAUGUCGAUGUGGCACUUCGCUCGGGCUGACAUCCCUAGUGAUCUCACGGCCCGAGCACCUACGCCUUCCAAUUGGGGCACUCCGUCUGGUUUCUGGUCUGCACAAACCUGCGACAUAACAGACAACUUCUACGAGCACCAGAUGGUCAUCGACACCACCAUCUGUGGCAACUGGGCAGGUGGUGCAUACUCGCAAUCUGGAUGCCCAGGAACAUGCACGGAUAUGGUUGCUAAUGCUAGCAACUACGUUGAUGCUAAGUGGGUUCUCAACUACGUCGCUGUUUAUCAGUGACCAUUCGCCUCAACCAUUUAUUCGCGUUUGACUGUCGGUUAGGGCAGGGCCCGGACUAUAUUGGACAUUGCUGAAUAUCUGAGCUCGGACUAUUAUAAUUCGUUUUAUUUGAUGUAUUAAGUACAUGAAACCUCGGGGGACAAAGGAAAUAGAAGCCCGUUGAAGCGUGGAUGCCUGACUUGUCUGACGCUUGCGUAUCGAUGUUGUUCUGGUGGUCUCGGAACAUAAGGGUAUCGUUCUGCUGACAUAUGAUGUCCAAGUCGCGUGAAGCAGCACGCAAAUGAUAUAUUCAACAAGCGCGAUAUCGAUAGCUUCCAUGGGAGGCUUAUAU